AUAUUUUUCUAUUUGAGUAUGUUUUUAAUUUAUUUUGCAGGAAGUAAAACAAAUAUUUUAAAGUAAAACAAUUUUAGUUUUUCUUUUUCUUUUUUGCGUGACGCCCACUCCACACCUGACAUGCGCAGUGCAUGCCGGAGAGUGGCCUUAGUCAGCAUGAUGGCGUCCUUAACUGUGCGGUGUUCCACACGUUGGAUCACAGUUGCGGUGUCCUCCGGACGCCAGAGAAUCGCCAGUGCAGUUUUCUCACCUGAAAAUGGAGAGAUCCGUCGUUUUUCUACUCUUGGGACCGACAGAUUAUGGUGUAAAGGGAGCUUUGUGCGCGGCGUCGCGGGAAAAGCGUUGACAUUGAGAGGUGUCAAAUUGCCAAAUGCUGUCUCCACGCUGUUAUUCCACACAAGCACCCCCUCUAGGAGCAAGCAGGACUUCUACCAGAUCCUUGGGGUUCCUCGCACAGCAACCCAGAAGGAGAUCAAGAAAGCCUAUUACCAGAUGGCCAAAAAGUAUCAUCCUGACACGAAUAAAGAUGAUCCACAAGCCAAAGAGAAGUUUGCUCAGCUGGCUGAAGCCUACGAGGUCCUUGGUGAUGAAGUGAAGAGGAAGCAGUACGACACAUAUGGCUCGACAGGCUUUGAUGCUGGUCAAGCUGGUCAAGGCCAGCAUUACUGGAGCGGACAGACCACCAAUGUGGACCCAGAGGAGCUCUUCCGCAAAAUCUUUGGAGAGUUUUCGGGCGGUCGGGGUUUCGGUGACUUCAACGCCAUUUUCGAUCAGCCACAGGAGUACAUCAUGGAGCUGACAUUCACCCAGGCAGCAAAAGGAGUUAACAAGGAGAUAGCCAUCAACAUAGACACUACCUGUCAGCGCUGUGAUGGUAAGGGCCAUGAACCAGGCACCAAGGUCCAGCACUGUCACAGUUGCAACGGCUCUGGCAUGGAAACUAUAAAUACAGGCCCAUUUGUGAUGCGCUCAACUUGUCGGCGCUGUGGUGGCAAAGGCUCGGUCGUUUCCACUCCCUGUAACUCCUGCCGCGGCACAGGCCAGACAAAGCAAAGGAAGACCGUGAUGGUUCCUGUGCCUGCAGGAGUGGAGGAUAAUCAGACGGUCCGAAUGCCGGUUGGAAAAAAAGAGAUCUUCAUCACAUUUCGGGUCCAGAAAAGCCCGAUAUUCAGGAGGGACGGUGCAGACAUCCACUCUGAUCUUCACGUGUCUGUGGCACAAGCCAUCCUGGGGGGCACGGCCAGAGCACAAGGCCUUUAUGAAACACUUAAUUUGUCUAUCCCUGCAGGAAUGCAGUCAGACCACAGAAUUCGCCUUUCAGGAAAAGGAAUUGCUCGUGUCAGUGGAUAUGGUUUUGGAGAUCACUACAUCCAUGUGAAAAUAAAAAUACCCAAGAAUUUGACAGACAGACAAAAAGCAUUAAUUUCCAGCUAUGCAGAAGAUGAAACGGAAAUAGAGGGGACAGUAAAUGGUGUCACUGCCACCAGCACAGGGAAAAGAUCUUGGAAUUGAAUCUUUAUCGACUGCUGACCACAGCAGGGAGGACAAUGCAAAGCAGCAUGGACGCAUCACAAGGAAUUUACAGAAAAAUGAGGAAGUGUCUCUCUCUUUUUUUUUUUUUUGGAUUAAUCGUUUAAAAAUGACCAACUUGGAUCUGUUCUAAAAACACACAGAAGAUGCUUUGUUGCUCAGUUCCAGUGGAUCUACAGCGAAGAGGCUGCACCUCCUCUUCCUGUCAAGUGUCAGUGGAAGCCAGUGUGGCUGUACAAACCUGUACUUCAUGGCACCCAGUACUCUCAUGUAUAGAAUAAAUAAAGCUGUACCUGGGCAGUCUCA